UGCAGAGACUCAGGAUCCACUUCCAGCAAGACUUGUGCAGCUCGCCGGCUGAAGAAGGUGCAGCUCGCCGGCUGACGAAGGUGCAGCUCGCCGGCUGAAGAAGGUGCAGCUCGCCGGCUGAAGAAGGUGCAGCUCGCCGGCUGAAGAAGGUGCAGCUCGCCGGCUGAAGAAGGUGCAGCUCGCCGGCUGAAGAAGGUGGAGCUCGCCGGCUGAAGAAGGUGCAGCUCGCCGGCUGAAGAAGGUGGAGCUCGCCGGCUGAAGAAGGUGCAGCUCGCCAGGUGACAGGACGGGUACGAUGGAGGACGGGGCGCCUCCGGUUAUGCAUGCGGUAACUCAGAUGUACUUCCGGAGAGGUUCCCCGUUUAAACUGACAUCUUAGACGUUCUCUUUUGAAACGAGAGAGUUCGUAAGGUUUUUCUGAUAAGCUGUAAUUAAUCAGCUGUUCUCAGCUCGAGGGUCGAAGGUGAAAACCAGUUUCAGUCUGUGCUAACUUCUCAUUAGAUCCGUCACAUUUAAAAGUCCAGCUCUCCCAGAGACUCUGUUCUCCAACAUCCAGCAGGCAGAACAUGAAGAACGUGAAGUCAUAAAAACACAGGAUGGCUUUAGGUUUAUAAUCUGAAGACAGAGUUUGUUCCAAGAAGCUAACAUCCUUUGGGUUUUUACUUUCUCUUUGGGAGUCUUCUUUUAAUCCUACGUUCUCUUAUGUUCCGCUCAGUACGAGGUUCUGUAAAAAGAAAGUCGACCUUCCUGUUUUGUCAAGAACACGUUUUUUCUUUAUGGAGCUCGCUACAUGGAGGGGAGCCUCGGACGAGAAGUGUGAGAUGCUGGAGGUCAUUUCUGUUUCUGGAAACACGUGAAAGUCAUCCUGCACACCACAUCCUCCCUCUCAUCCCCAAAGCCCGGAUGCUCGCUUCGUACCUCUGACCGAUUCCUUAUUCACCUGAAGAUGCAUUUUCAAAACCAGUUUACGUUUUCUACUUAAGAAUGAUUUGGUUAAAUGUAGUUAAUAUUAUUUAUUACCACGAGGUUCAAAAAUGAUGAUGUCCAUGUUAAUUCAACGUUUACACAUCACAAAGAAAACACCUGGAAUAAUCCAGAUGACUGGAAGAAAGCAGGCUUCAGGCUCUGCACCACCUGUAGCUGCAGGGUGAUGGAGCCUGAGGGCACCACCUGCAGACGGCGCUCAGGGCCGAAAACUCUUCUGAUUUUCAUCCAUCCAUCCAUCGUCAACCGCUUAUCCUGCGUUCAGGGUCGCGGGGGGGCUGGAGCCAAUCCCAGCUGACAUCGUGCGCAAGGCAGGGUCCACCCUGGACAGGUCCUUCUGCUUUUCAAUCUGUAUGUAUUCUAAAGACGCUUAAUGAAACAUAAAGCCACAUCAUGAACAAAACCGCUCACACAGGAAGUUACAGGGAUUAUUACCAGUUUCACCAAGACCUCAACGGAACGGGACAUUCAGAAGUGAAGUGAAACCUUCGGCUCUGAACUCACACUGAUAGACGGGUUGGGGAUCAUAAGUUCAGCGCUCACCGGAUCGUUCUGGCGGCCUCCAUCCCGUACUUUCACGCCAUGUUCACCAACGACAUGGUGGAGUGUAAACAGGACGAGAUCCUGAUGCACGGCAUGGACCCCAGCGCUCUGGAGGCCCUGAUCAACUUCGCCUACAGCGGCCAUGUUGCCAUCGACCAGCAGAACGUUCAGGCUCUUCUGAUUGGCUCGAGCUUCCUGCAGCUGCAGAACGUUAAAGAUGCCUGCUGCUCCUUCCUGCAGGAGAGGUUACAUCCGAAGAACUGUCUGGGGGUGCGACAGUUUGCAGAGACCAUGAUGUGUACAACUCUGUACGACUCAGCCAGCAGCUUCCUUCACCAGCACUUUGUGGAGGUCUCUGUGUCCGAGGAGUUCCUGGGUCUGAGGACGGAGGAGGUGCUGGAGCUGGUGGGCUGUGACGAACUCAACAUCAAGGCAGAGGAACAGGUGUAUGAGGCGGUGCUGGCCUGGGUUCAUCAUGACCGGGACCGGAGGGAGUCUCUGCUGCCGGAGCUGCUGUCAAAGAUCAGACUUCCUCUGUGUCGACCUCAGUUCCUCUCAGACAGAGUCCAGCAGGACGACCUCGUACGCUGCUGCCAUAGAUGCAGAGAUCUGGUGGAUGAAGCCAAAGACUUCCACCUGAUGCCAGAGCGUCGUCCUCACCUGCCGGCCUUCAAGACCAGACAGAGGUGCUGCACGUCCAUCACAGGACUCAUCUACGCUGUGGGAGGACUCAACAGCUCAGGUGACUCCUUAAACGUGGUCGAAGUGUUCGAUCCAAUUGGGAACUUCUGGGAGCGCUGUCAGCCGAUGAGGACGGCUCGCAGCAGAGUGGGCGUGGCCGUCGUUAACGGUCUGCUGUACGCCAUUGGUGGAUACGACGGCCAGUCGAGGCUCAGCACGGUGGAGGUUUACAACCCGGAGACGGACAGCUGGACACGCGUGUCGAGCAUGAACAGCCAGCGCAGCGCCAUGGGAACGGUUGUGAUUGACGGGCACAUCUAUGUGUGCGGCGGCUACGACGGAAAAUCAUCUCUGAACUCAGUGGAGUGUUACUCUCCAGAGACCGACAGGUGGACGGUGGUGACGGAGAUGAGUGCGAGCCGCAGUGCUGCCGGGGUGACCGUGUUUGACGGACGCAUCUUUGUCUCUGGCGGCCAUGACGGUUUACAGAUCUUCAACACGGUGGAGUACUACAACCACCACACUAACCGAUGGCACCCGGCGGCAGCCAUGAUGAACAAGCGGUGCCGUCACGGGGCGGCGGCGCUCGGCAGUCACAUGUACGUUGCGGGGGGUUACGACGGCUCGGGCUUCCUGAGCGGGGCGGAGGUGUUCAGCUCAGUGUCGGGUCAGUGGAGCCUCCUGGUGGCCAUGAACACGCGGCGCAGCCGAGUGUCGCUGGUCUCCACGUCGGGGCGUCUGUACGCUGUGGGCGGCUACGACGGACAGUCCAACCUCAGCUCUGUGGAGAAGUACAACCCCGACACCAACCGCUGGACCUUCAUGGCCCCCAUGGUCUGCCACGAGGGGGGGGUCGGCGUCGGCUGCGUCCCGCUGCAGCCCGCCUAAACCAUCUGAUCAGAGGCUGAGGACUGACGUGUUACUGACGGCUGCAGGCGGCGAGGCGGCGCCCUCCGCUGGCGUUCACUGAGCUUUAUCGCUGUUCGACGGCUGGGCUCAGACCUGCACACUGACGCCAGGUCUGCGGGAUUAUGGGUAAAAACUGUAGAGCUAGCUGCUAGCGUUGUGCUAUUAGCGAGCGUGUGGACUGAUUAAUGUGAUUGAUUUUAUACUUGAUUGAAACGACCAACAGGAAGUGACUUCCUCUCCGAAACAAACAAAGCUGCUGACUUGAACCAGGACGGCCGCUCUGAUGCGUUUCCUGCGGCCGAGGUCACAGCUGUGGUAUUGAUCGGCUGGGUGAUGGACCGACAGGAAGUAGAGCUGCUGACGUAUUUAUAAGACCGCGGCAAAUUAAAAACCCGAAGCAGCUCUGACUUGUGUGUAAAAAUGGUAAAAAGUAAAAAUGUUGUUGCUAAUCUGAUAGAUGCUAACAUGCUAACACCAACACAUGGGCUGUUUAGGAGCCAGUAAGAGGACAGAAAAAUUAAAGCUCCUCAGAGGUCGUAGUAAAGCCUGGAAGAGUUCACAGUCAGACUGUCCCAUUAACAGCAGCUGAAUUAGCUGUUAGCAGCUCCCGUUAGCGGCAGCUCCCGUUAGCGGCAGCUCCCGUUAGCGGCAGAUCCCGUUAGCGGCAGAUCCCGUUAGCAGUUAGCAUGGAUGUACAGUCAGCUUCUCAGGAGGUUCUGCAACGUCUCUCUCUGGUUUCUGAGUUUGUUUUGGACCCUCAGAGGUCCUGAAGUCAUUGAACUUGUGUCCGGUUCUGACUGUGAGAACGAGUUUUGACAGAAAUCCACCUCCUGUAGUAUCUGUUCCUUCUUCAGCUCUCCGGCGCCCCCCUUUGUCUUCUGUCUGAGUCCUGCUGAAUGCCCCCCUAACCUGUCGGGCCUUAUAUCUGAACAGUAGUACCCAUGUCUAUCCUGCGGGGGGCGCUAGAGGACAGCUGAGGGGUUCCUGCUGUGAGAACCUGAACAGGAGAUGUUCCCACAGCGUUUAAUACACUUGUGAUCGUUUCCUAAUGGCCUAAUAAUGAUUGAUGAGGCGUCAGACAGCCAAUCAGCUGCUGGAGAGAUUCACCUCAAUAAUUCUGAUCAUAAUCAUGAUGUUUAUCAAUAAACAACCUUCUGUGAAUCUAUUAAAACGUAUUGAACCAUAAUGAAUAAUGACUGUUGUGGAAACCGGGUGCGUCAUUGUUAGCGUUACGGAGACUUCCAGAGCUUUCAGCUGUGGUCUUCCUCAGCAGAUUGAUCUUCCUCAGUUGCCAUGGAGACAGUUCAGUUGUUGUCACGUGACCUGAUUUUGGGAUAUGGAGGUCCGUCUGGCGGGUGAAGACCAGGGUCCAAAGUAAAUCUGAGCGCAGCUGUUAAUAGUUUAUUGACUCACCUCACCAAGCUCCACCAGCCAGGACUUUAUUUGUAUCGAUUAAUUUAUGACUGACUUUGAGGUUUGUGGAUCAUUAAAGAGGUGCUGUUUCCUGA